CUCGAGAACUUUUAAUCCCCUUGCUUGACUCGGAUGUUGGAUUUUUAAAAAAUGUUUUUCUGAGCCACAAUACCUGGGUAACGUGAUUAGUUGAAUACCCCCUCACACACAAAACCUCCCCUCUACCCAACCUCCCCGCUUCAUGGUAUUUCCCACAAUAACAUCCCAGGUCCAACACACUGACGCUGUCAUUUUGCCUCUGACCUCCCUCCCCUCCACUACCCCUCGCUCCCUCUUUCUCUCUCCCUCUUUUUGCCCCUAGUCACCCGGUCUGGACUGAGGACGAACACCUUCUGGUUUCAGGUAGGAAUUCCAGCGGAUUGCACGUUUAAUAAAGCAUCAGGGGACUAUUUGAUUCAGCUUACAGGUUGGGAAGUUUUUAAUCUGCUAUUGGCGAGCUGAGGUUUACAUCUGCAUGUACUGGGAUCCAUCUUUGGGUUUUGUGUCAGCUGGCAUGCUUUGAUGAAGUUAUUACAAACCUAUGAUUUAAAGAUGAUGCAGUUUAAUAUCUACUCUGUUCAAUGAUUGGUGAUUUAAAGUUUAAGACCAGUGUGCUCCCUGUCUGUGAUUCAUGUAAAUUUAAGGCAUUUUACUGGAACUGAACCACUUUUAAUCCAUAUUGAAGUAUCUGAGCUUGACAGCAGCACAUAAAAGUUGUUAAAAUCAUAUAUUCCUCUGAGAAGAGAGCACUCAUGUAAAAUCUGGAUUAGAUUUGCAACUCCUGCAAACAAGCGAGGGCUUAUUUUACUAUUGUUUGUUAAGUUAUUGUCAAGAUUUGUCAAAUUCAGUCAAGAAAAUCUUUAAAUUUUGGUUGACUUGACUGUUGGAUCAGUACAAACAGGUGUGGUGUAAUUAUACUUCUCCUUUCAGGCUUAAUCUCUGUGACAAUACUGACUGUAUUUCCUUCCUUUCUCUCAGAUCAUCAUAGAUCCGGUCAUCAGCUCUGAUCCAUCAAACGUGUGUUGUGUGACAUUGGAGGAGGUCCAGUGAAAAUGCACAAGAUGUUCAUUGAGCUGAUGGUGUUGGUGGGGUAAGUGUUUAGGCAUUUUUUGGCAGAUUGACAUCGAAAGAUUCACAAGAAAUGAUAUUUUUGACUGUUUAAAGUCAGCAAGAUCAUGUUUUUUAAAUCAAUAGACUGUUCAAAAGUGUAUGGCAAACAGGAUAAGCAGACUGCUUUCGUCCACAGGUGGCGCCAAAGUUUACUUAAUUGAAACUUCUUUAUUGGAGCUUUAAAGAGUAAAAUCAGAUGUGACAUUAACGUCUCAGGAGCAGUUUGACACAGAUUGACCCAUCAAAUACACAAAGAAAAUGAAAAAACACAAAUCUGAAACAAUCCGAAGGAUUUAAGCUUAAAACUGUUGUGUAUCUGAAUGUGUUUGGACCCAGAUCACAGGUAAUAACUUUGGUGGGUACAGAAGUAAUCAGGCAGUACUGUUUAAAUUUUAAGCUUGAAGCCAAUAGAGGGAUUAGAACACAGGACACACACAGCGACAAGUGAUGGCAUGAUGAGGGUCUCUGUCUGAGCCACAGGUAUCCACAGGUUUGAAGAAAAACAUAAAACUUCAACCUUACCAUCUCCCUUAGACCAUCAAACAUCUUCUACAGCAGCUCACAAAUGUGAAUAUCUCAAAAAAGUUAAUAUUUUCCAUGAUUUUAUUCAAAAAGUGAAAGUUCAGUAUAGAUUCAUCGCACACAAAGUGAAAUAUUUCAAGACUUUUUGUAUGAAUCUUGAUGAUUACAGCUUACAACUCAUGUAAAUCAAAAAUCCUCUUUCUCAAAAUAUGAGAGGACUCCAAAACGCCAAUCCAGGAAAGUAUUAUGAUUCACAAAUGACAAAACUUCUGGAAAAUUAUGUUCAUUCAUGCCCUCAGUACUUGGCCGAGACUCCUAUUGCGUGCAUAAAUGAAUGUGACAUGAAGUUAAUCAGUCUGUGGCUCUGCUGUGGUGUUAUGGAAACCAAGGGUUAUAAUUUGACAAGUAUCUGUUUUGUUUCAGAAUGGCUGUCCUGAGUAAAGGGGCCAUUCAGAGACCAGACUAUGAUGACACUCCCAACCCUGAGUUCCUCAACCCUUCCUGGAUGGCCAGCAUCCCUGAUGACCAGCUGCUGUCUGAGGUUACCAUGCCUGGGACGCACAACACCAUGGCUCUGUAUGGUGGUGUGUAUGCUGAGUGUCAGACCUGGAGCCUGGCCUCCCAGCUCCAGGCGGGGGUCCGCUUCCUGGACGUCCGCGUCCGUCACGUCAAAGGAAACCUCACCAUCCACCACGGGGUGUCUUAUCAGCGGGCACACUUUGGACACGUACUGGAGGGUGUGUCUAAGUUCCUUCAAGAGUUUCCCAGUGAGACGGUGCUGAUGAGGGUGAAGGAGGAGUUCAGCGAGACUUAUGACAUCUACGGGGCUGUGGUCAGCUACAUCCACCGCUACGCCCACUGGGACCUCCUGUGGCACAGCCGACUUGUGCCAACCAUGGGGGAGGCCCGAGGGAAGCUCAUCAUCCUGCAGGACUUCUCUGGACCAGACCUGGGGAUGCGCUAUGGCUCAAUGGACAUAGCUGAUGACUGGAAGGUUUGAAAUCAAACUAUUGUGUUUUUAUAUUAAAGUUUCAUAAACAGAUUCAUUGAAAUGUAGUAACCUUUUCCAGUUUAGAAAGGAGUAGCUUCAUUCUGCUAUCUGCAGAAACCAAACAUACUAUUGUCGUUGUACAAAAUUCCUGGAAACAUGAAAUAAUAUCCAGAAUUAAAAAAUAUAUAUAUAUUGAGUUGUUAAUCUUUGCUUUCUCUGCAGGUGCCCACACUCCUGCAUGUGGAGGAGAAAUGGCAGAGUGUCUAUGAUCACCUAGAAGCUGCACCGACAGGAAACAAAGCCCAGAUUUUCCUCACCUUCAGCAGUGGAGCAGGCGUGUUGGCGUACCCGCGAGCUGUCGCACAACGCAUCAACCUCCAGCUCUAUGACUACCUGAGGGCCAAAACCGAUCUAAACCAGCGCUUUGGAAUCAUUUGCAUGGACUUCCCUGCAUCUCCCAUGAUCCAAAUGAUCAUUGACUUCCAGCUUAAAGAGGUCGAAAAGAAAAGGCAGGCCUUUGACUCAGUGCUUAACAAGUUUAAUUUAAAAUAUACAUUUUCUUCACUGAGACAGAAAAUGACACAUAAAGCUGUUAAUGUCUGAGCCAAAGUCCCUGAAGUGAACUGUGAAUGAAACCAAAGAUACAGGGUACAAAAUAAAUAAAAGGACUCUGGUGCAGAAAUAAACUGGUGCUAAAGCUACUACAGUGUUUGAAUUGCUGCUUUGAAACCUUUUAAAAAUGAACUUUAUCAGAUGGAUUAUUUGGAAAUUGUAAAAAAGCCACAUUAGGUUAUCAGCCAAAAAAAAUGUACUGCAGCAGAUGAGAAAGUCUAAUACAGAUAUUUGUUGACUUUGCUUAGUGGAUGUAAGCAGACAUAUAUCAUCGCCACAGGACGGCAGUGUGACUUCAGAGACACUUUGGUUGUGGCCAGCUGCAUGAGAGGAAACAACUGUGUCAACCUUUGCAUCACAAACCCACUUCAACUGUCACGCAGCUGUUUCAUGACUUGCAGAACUUGAGCUGCACUCUUAAAGCAGCAAAGUGCCAGAUUCACUUCAGCUUUAUUAAAGCUUGGAUAGCUAUCAAACUAUCCCAUUGUUUUUAAUAUUUAUAUUUUAUAAUAUUUAUUGACUGCUAAGAGGGUGUUUUAAUAUCAGGAAAAAUAUUGAUGCAUUGAGCUUAGAGAAAAUCGAUGACAACCAAAAGCAGCUGCAUUGACAGAGAUUGUAAAUGGCUCUGAGUGCUAAAAGUGCACUCACUCAAAUAAAAAGCUCCUGCUGAUGCCCCAAA